GUAUGUUGCCCUACACGGUGAACAUCAGGCUGUCGUCCCGGACCCUCACCGGAGCCCUGAGCGCGCAGAACAAGGGGGCGGUGGACUGGGGCUGGCAAGGUUUGAUUGCAUAUGGGUGUCAGUCCCUGGUGCUAGUUAUUGAUUCCAACACUGCCCAGACUGUACAAGUUUUGGAAAGACACAAAACUAUUGUUGUCAAGGUUAAAUGGGCUAAAGAAAACUACCAUCACAAUAUUGGUUCUCCCUAUUCUUUGCGCUUAGCUUCUGCUGAUGCUACUGGAAAGAUAAUUGUUUGGGAUGUGGCAACGGGAACAGUUCGCUGUGAAAUACAGGAGCAUACAAAACCAAUCCAAGACAUGCAGUGGCUGUGGAAUCAAGAUGCUUCUCGAGAUUUAUUACUUGCAGUUCAUCCACCAAACUACAUUGUACUCUGGAAUGCAGAUACAGGCACUAAACUUUGGAAGAAGAGUUAUGCAGAAAACAUCCUUUCUUUUUCAUUUGACCCCUUUGAUCCUUCACAUUUAACUUUGCUCACCAGUGAGGGCAUAGUGUUCAUCUCAGACUUCUCUCCUUCCAAGGCUCCUGCCAGCUCGGGAAAAAAAGUUUAUAUCUCCAGUCCACAUUCUAGUCCUUCACAUAACAAGCUGGUUGCUGCUACAGGGGCCAAAAAGGCCCUUGAUAAAGUCAAAAUUUUAAUCACUAACGAAAAACCAAGUGCUGAAUCUGUAACACUGAAUGAGUGUCUUCAGUUGUCAUAUCUACCUUCCAAAAGAAACUACAUGUUAUUACUCUAUCCCAGAGAAAUUUUGAUUCUUGACCUUGAAGUGAACCAGACAGUAGGUGUAAUAGCUAUUGAAAGAACAGGCAUACCUUUUCUACAGGUAAUUCCAUGCUUUCAGCGUGAUGCUUUGUUUUGCCUACACGAGAAUGGUUGUAUAACUUUAAGAGUUCGCAGAUCUAACAUUAGUAUAACUGGUACACCAAAUGAGGAUCCAGAUCCAGUUCAGGAGCUGAUUUAUGACUUACGAAGUCAGUCUGAUGCAAUCAGGGUAACAAAGACGGUUCGCCCGUGCAGUAUGGUAUGCUGCCCAGUGAAUGAGAACUCUGCUGCUCUCAUAGUCAGUGAUGGUAGGGUAAUGAUAUGGGAACUGAAGUCUACCAUUUCUGGGAGAAAUUUACGUAACAGCAGUUCAAGUGCAUCACCUUUGUAUUCACCUGUUGCUUUCUGUGGAAUUCCUGUAGGACCAUUCCAAAAUAAACUUCCAGAUCUUUCAUUGGAUAACAUGAUAGGACAAGGUGCAGUUACUGGUGAAGAACAGUUAAAAAAUUCUUUCUUUCAAGAAGUGCACCUCAAAUUCCUGCUGACGGGGCUUCUCUCAGGACUUCCUUUACCUCCAUUUGCUAUCCGUAUGUGUCCACCUCUAACCACAAAAAACAUAAAACAGUAUCAGCCUCUCUUAGCUGUUGGUACAAGCAAUGGCUCAGUCUUAGUGUAUAAUCUUACCAGUGGACUUUUACACAAGGAGUUAAGCAUCCAUUCCUGCGAAGUCAAGGGCAUUGAGUGGACAAGCUUGACUGGUUUUCUUUCCUUUGCCACAUCAACGCCCAACAAUUUGGGAUUGGUAAGGAAUGAACUGCAGCUGGUUGAUCUUCCAACAGGCAGGAGCAUUGCAUUUCGUGGGGAACGAGGCAAUGAUGAACCAGCCAUUGAAAUGAUAAAGGUGUCUCAUUUGAAGCAGUAUUUAGCUGUAGUAUUUAAAGACAAGCCUCUGGAACUCUGGGAUGUCAGGACGUGUACUCUUCUUAGAGAAAUGUCAAAAAACUUCCCUACCGUGACUGCUUUGGAAUGGUCAUCUACUCAUAAUUUGAAGAGCUUGAGAAAGAAACAGCUUGCAGCCCGUGAAGCCAUGGCCCGACAGACAGUCGUAUCUGAUACAGAACUUAGCAGUGUAGAAUCUUCUGUGAUCAGCUUAUUACAGGAGGCCGAAAGUAAAUCUGAGCUGAGUCAGAACAUUUCUGCCAGAGAGCACUUUGUGUUUACGGAUACCGAUGGGCAGGUUUAUCAUCUCUCAGUGGAGGGAAAUUUGGUAAAAGACGGUGCAAGAAUUCCGCCUGAUGGAAGCAUGGGUAGCAUUACUUGUAUUGCGUGGAAAGGAGAUACGAUGGUUCUCGGAGAUGUUGAUGGAAACUUAAACUUCUGGGAUUUGAAAGCAAGAGUAUCCAGGGGGAUCCCCACGCACCGAAGCUGGGUGAGAAAAAUACGCUUUGCCCCUGGGAAAGGAAAUCAAAAAGUGAUAACAAUGUACAAUGAUGGAGCUGAAGUUUGGGACACAAAAGAGGUACAGAUGGUAAGCAGUUUAAGAAGUGGAAGAAAUGUCAACUUCCGAAUACUGGAUGUGGAUUGCUGUACCUCAGACAAAGUGAUCUUGGCAUCAGAUGAUGGGUGCAUCAGAGUUCUAGAGACAACUAUGAAGUCAACAUGUUUUAGAAUGGAUGAACAAGUAUUAACAGAGCCUGUGUGGUGCCCUUAUCUCCUUGUUCCAAGGGCCUCCUUAGCUUUAAAAGCCUUCUUGCUGCAUCAGCCAUGGAAUGAUAAAUGUACUCUGGAUAUUUUACACAUUGAUUAUCCAGAGAAUGACAAUAUUAAAAAUCUGCUUCAAAAACAGCUGAAUUCAUUGUCCAAUGACAUCAAGAAACUUGUUCUUGAUCCUGAAUUUACUCUAUUGCAGAGAUGUUUACUGGUUGCAAGGCUCUAUGGGGAUGAAUCAGAACUGCAUUUUUGGAGUGUUGCUUCCCAUUAUUUGCACAGUUUCUCUCAGGAAAAAGCACUAACUGCAAAAACUACAGAUAGUCUGCAAGAAAAAUUAAUCAACCCAUUGGAUAUAUGCUAUGACAUACUGUGUGAAAAUUCCUACUUCCAGAAAUUUCAGCUUGAAAGGGUACAUCUACAGGAGGUUAAAAGAUCAACCUAUGACCACACCAGGAAAUGUGCUGACCAACUUCUUCUCUUGGGGCAGACUGACAGAGCAGUACAACUAUUAUUAGAGACAAGUGCAGAAAACCCGCAUUACUACUGUGAUUCACUCAAGGCAUGUUUGGUCACUACCGUCACUUCAUCAGGUCCUUCUCAAAGCACCAUUAAACUGGUAGCAACCAACAUGAUAGCAAAUGGAAAGCUAGCAGAGGGCGUGCAGUUGCUCAGUCUAAUAGAUAAAGCUGCUGAUGCGUGUCGUUAUUUGCAAACCUACGGAGAAUGGAACCGUGCAGCAUGGCUUGCAAAAGUUCGUUUGAAUUCAGAGGAGUGUGGUGAUGUCUUGAAACGUUGGGUUGAUCACCUUUGCUCUCCCCAAGUCAACCAGAAAUCCAAGGCCAUCCUUGUCCUCUUAUCACUAGGAUGUUUUACAAGAGUUGCAGAGAUGCUGCACAGCAUGAGGUAUUUUGAUAGAGCUGCCUUAUUUGUUGAGGUGUGUUUGAAGUAUGGCACAAUUGAAGUUAAUGAAGAUACAAAUAAACUAAUCCACGUGGUAUUUGCGGAUUAUGCCAGAAGCUUGAAGACAUUGGGUUUUAAGCAGGGUGCUAUUCUGUUUGCUUCAAAAGCAGGAGCAGCUGGUAAAGAUUUAUUGAAUGAGCUUAAACAACCUAAAGAGGAAGUGACUGAAGAGUGA